GUUUAAAAGUUGAGAGCAGCAUGUUUUGCCUACUGAAACUCAUCCUGCUGCCAGUGUUACUGGUGACCUCUUGAAAUUGCUUGAGCAACAUAGAGAUAAUGGACAGGGGUCCCUGUGUGAAGCACCUAGAGGCUGGAAAGCUGAUGACAAAGCUGGAGGGGUGAGGCAGGGAGAGGACAAACACAGUGGAAAUGCAGGAGGAAAGCUAUGCUCCAUGGUGGCCUAAUUAUAAGGACCUGCCCUACAGCCAGAAUCAGCCAGCAAAUGCAGAAAUAAGCUUUUGUAAAGGAACUAAAAGACGAAGAGGAAGUAGACAAAAGGUCCUUUUUUCAGAGAGGGAACCAGUGGGAGACUUAAGAGCAAGGAACAUCCCAUUUCCUGAUUAUUCCUUGGGCCUGAAUGACUUGAAUGUUUCCCCCGCUGAGCUAACAGUCCAUGUGGGUGAUUCAGCUCUGAUGGGAUGUGUUUUCCAGAGCACAGAAGACAAAUGCAUAUUCAAGAUAGACUGGAUUCUCUCAUCAGGAGAGCAGGCCAAGGAUGAAUAUGUGCUAUACUAUUACUCCAAUCUCAGUGUGCCCAUAGGGCGCUUCCAGAACCGCGUACAGUUGAUGGGGGACAUCUUAUGCAAUGAUGGCUCUCUCCUGCUCCAAGAUGUGCAAGAGGCUGACCAGGGAACCUAUACCUGUGAAAUCCGCCUCAAAGGGGAAAGCCAGGUGUUCAAGAAGGCGGUGGUACUGCAUGUGCUACCAGAGGAGCCUAAAGAGCUCAUGGUCCGCGUGGGUGAAAUGAUUCGGAUGGGAUGUGUUUUCCAGAGCACAGAAGUGAAAUACGUGACCAAGGUAGAAUGGAUAUUUUCAGGAUGGCGCGCAAAGGAGGAGAUUGUGUUUCGUUACUACCACAAACUCAGGAUGUCCGUGGGGUACUCCCAGAGCUGGGGCCACUUCCAGAAUCGUGUGAACCUGGUGGGGGACAUUUUCCGCAAUGACGGUUCCAUCGUGCUUCAAGGAGUGAGGGAGUCAGACGGAGGAAACUACACCUGCAGUAUCCACCUAGGGAACCUGGUGUUCAAGAAAACCAUUGUGCUGCAUGUUAGCCCAGAAGAGCCUCGAACACUGGUGACCCCGGCAGCCCUGAGGCCUCUGGUCCUGGGUGGUAAUCAGCUGGUGAUCAUCGUGGGAACUGUCUGCGCCACAAUCCUGCUGCUCCCUGUUCUGAUAUUGAUCGUGAAGAGGACCUGUGGGAAUAAGAGUUUAGUGAAUUCUACAGCCUUGGUGAAGAACACGAAGAAGACUAAUCCAGGGAUAAAAGAAGAACCCUGCUAUUUUGAAAGCUGUGAAGGGGAGAAAAACAUUUACUCCUCAAUAAUUAUACGGGAGGUGAUCGAGGAAGAAGAACCAAGUGAAAAAUCAGAGGCCACCUACAUGACCAUGCACCCAGUUUGGCCUUCUCUGAGGUCAGAUCGGAAAAACUCACUUGAAAAAAAGUCAGGUGGGGGAAUGCCAAAAACACAACAAGCCUUUUGAGAAGAAUGGAGAGUCCCUUCAUCUCAGCAGCAGUGGAGACUCCCCUGUGUGUCCUGGGCCACUCUACCAGUGAUUUCGGACUCCCGCCCUCCCAGCUGUCCUCCUGUCUCGUUGUUUGGUCAAUGCAUGAAGGUGGAGAGUUUGGAGCCUGGCAGAGAGACUAGACAGCUCUGGAGGAACAGGCUCUGGUGAGGGGAGGGGAGCAUGGACUUGGCCUCCAGAGUGGGACACUGGUCCUAGGAACCAGGCUGAGCUGAGUGGCCUCAAGGCCCCCACUGGAUCAGACCCUCCUGUUGGCAGUGUUCUUAGGGUAUGAGUUACUGGGAAGAAUCAGAGAUAAAAACCAACCUAAAUCAUU